AUGUUCAGCUUCAGCUAUCCGAACGGCGAACCUCAAACUCCCACGAGGACUCCUACUACGGCCGCUUUCGACUCCUUUACUACUCCGAAACUCGAGUCAAGUUUCUUUGACCCUCGGGUCACCUGGGAUACUGCCGACCCUUAUGCCUCCAGUCCCGAGUUCCUACGGUCCCCUCAGAAGUUCGCCCUCGGUAACCCCUCAAAUCCGUUCAAGACAGAGUCCCUCGACCAAUGCAUAGGAGACUUCAAGGAUGGAAGGAUUCUGGAACAGACCGAUACCGCUAGGCGCAUUCGCCCCGUGAAGCCAAUGCCGGAUAUACGUGAGGAUGGCCCCCGGAUAGGGGAUUCCGCAAAGUCCGCAGCUUCAAUGCAGACACCACCACCCACCAGUGCCUCCAGGCGGAAGAUCCCCAACUUCGACCCGCUGGCCAGUGUCGGGAGAGGUACCACUCCUCGGACAGGAACCCAUCUGGAGACCCCCAGCCGAUUGCUGGGAGAAUCUCCACGGAUGUUUGGUAAUCUGCAGUCAUCGCCAGAUUUCUUCCAGCUGGCCUCGUUGAAUCCGACGGGGUCUCCCCUCUUUCCACAACAGCGACUGUUCUGGGACCAGGACCAUGAACAACCUCCGCACGACAUCCCUCUUCCAGGCACUCACAGAAAUACUGACCACCCGCCAAAAACCACCCCGAACACCGCUAUAAAGACAAACAUUCCCCAAUUGCCAACUAUUGACGGCUCCAUGGACUUGCCAGAAUUCAGCGGGUUUGGAUUCUCAUGCCACCCUACUGAUGCAGCCCUGUUCCCUGCCCCAUUCUCUACCUCCCCUCGCCGGCCGGUGGCGAAGGCAGAGGACCCCGCCAUGUUCUUGAGUUCGCCUGCUCGCCGGUUCGGUGGACCUCAGACGACACCGGAACGAAAAUCCCUACGUGGAAUGCGACAGCCCUAUCACCACCAGAUUGAGGAAUCAAAACGGGAAGAGCUCCUGCGGUCCCACAGUCAAGACCGCCAGGGCGUUGGAUCCUUCUCGAGUGUAUCAGAUGACGAUGAUUAUACACCUAGGGUACGACCAGGGUUGACUAGGAGUGUAACGCACACUGCUAUGACGAGUUCCUCCCAUCGCCCGCUUAGCCAGGCAGAAAAACCCUCCAAUAAUGGGAUUCGCAAAAGCCCUUCAAAAGGACGGCUAUCUCCAGUUAAAGGGAUGCGUCCUGCUUCCCUAGCACGAUCGGCCUCGGCCGCUUCAUUCACCACUCGCUCCCAGUCUGUCGUGCUUCGUAUCGGAAGAGAUGGUCGGGCGAAGGCUGAAAUGGAACCUGUUGAUGAGGGUCCCUCGGGUUUGACUGAUCCUCUGACUGGGAUGGAUCUUGACGGUUCCGCCACCGAAAGUGAAGCCGACCCUGCCGAGUAUUCAGAAUAUCCUGUCCUGCCUCGGUCCCAAUCAUCGUUUUCCUUGUUGGACAGCCAUUGCCCUAACUUGGCCCGUAGUGAUUCUGGGUCCCGACCCCCGUCCAAGGGCUCCUAUGCCUCCAUUGGCUCAUCACACUCCGGGCGAAUGUCUCCUUGGGCAGGAUCAUCUCGGAAUGUCUCCGGUAGAUCUACGUAUCGUGGGUCGCCCGAGGCCAUCAAGCGGACCCCGAAGCGGCAUUCAUCAUUGCUCCACUCUGAUGCGACAUAUACUCGGGGUAGCGUGGCUUCCCAGUUAUUGCCUGGAGAUGAGGAUGACAGCGGUGAUGCCCAGGCUGCCCUCCGACAAGUCCUCAAGGAGCGUGGCCGUCCCAGGCCUUCUACAGGUGGCUACGGGGCUCGCCUCGCACGAUCAUCACAUUCAUUUGCCCAUCUGCGAUCAUCCCCCCCUCGUAUGCACAGUGAUUUUGAUAUCCAAUCCCGACAUUCCAAUGCAUCCCCGACCACGGUGACCGAUCCCGACUUAGCCACUCCCCACACGGAGCGACACAGCAACCAUAGCAAUCCUAGUAAUGCUACCCGCUGUAUUUGUAACUCCAUGGACAAUGGUGGGCACCUCAUGAUUCAAUGUGAAUCCUGUACCCACUGGCUCCACACCAAAUGUGUCGGGCUCGAACGAGCCAAUCUCCCCUCUUUCUACGUGUGUAUGUUCUGUGACCAGACCCCGUCGCGGGGAAACCGUGUUCGAUCGGGCUACGGACCCGGUGGCGGUCCCCCCUCACCUUUAGCGCAUAAAUCAUUUCGGUUCCGGCAAAGCUCCCGUUGAACUGUUGAUGUACUCUGACGACUCUUUUCCUUUGUUCCAUCCUGCAUCAGCCGCGCGGUCCCCGUCUUGUAUUCCCUAAUCUGUUUCC